AUGAACGACCAACAAACUGAGCCAAGACAGCGACGGGCGUGGACAGCGGGAGAAGACUCCACUUUGUAUCACGAGGUGAGACGUACUGGCAUCUACCAGGGGACCUCGAACGAUUGGAAUGCUGUUGCAGCGAAACUUCCAAGAAGAACAAACAAAGAUUGUCGCAAACGAUGGCUGAAGAUUUGCAAGCUGGUCAACAAGGGCACGUGGAGUACAGAAGAGGACGAGCGACUGCUAGAGGCUGUCGAAGAACAUGGCCAAAGCUGGAUCCAGGUCGCCCAGAUGGUGGAGACGCGACAUGCGGACCAAUGCGCAAAGAGGUGGCACACGGUUCUUUGCCAGAGCGGCAUGGAAUUCACUCACGCGUGGAAUAGCCAGAACGACGAGUAUUUACUACACGCCGUUGAGCUGUACGGCCGUAAAUGGAGGCUCAUUGCAGAGCAGUAUUUCCAAGGUAGAUCUGCUGCAGAUGUGCGAAACCGUUGA